AUGUAUGGCCGUUGUCUGAAUUUUAUUCAUCAUCAGGCUUCUCAAUUGCCACAACAACGACAGCGAAGAAGAACUCAACGUGAUCUAAUGAUUACUCGUCGUAUUUUAUUUACUGUCAUUGCUCUUACUUUACCCGGAAUACCAAAUCUGACUUUUGCUCUUAUGACAAAUAUUAAUCCUCGUUUUUCAGGCUCUUACUAUAUGUAUCGAAUUCAAUUUAUGGGUCCCACAGUAACCAUAUUCAUACUUAGUAUAUUAAUCGUAUUUAUCACUCCACAAAUUAAACAAAGAAUUAUAAAAUUAAAAUUUCCUAGAAGUCAAGUAAGACCAAUAGCAUCAACAAUGCGACAACUGUAA